AUGACUACAGGUGGCUCAGUGUCGUCAGUGAUGAGAGAGGCCGUGGUGCAGGUGGUCGACCAGACGACCUGCGGAAAUGUCUACUCUCUCACAGGGAAUAUGUUCUGUGCUGCUGCUCCUGGCAAAGAUACUUGUCAGGGUGACUCGGGAGGCCCAGUGAUGGUAAACACGACAGGAUAUUACGUAGAUAUCGGGAUCACCUCGUUUGGAAUAGGAUGUGCAGAGCCAAGAUACCCCGGUGUCUACACAAGAGUCGCCAGUGAGUACACUCGUCCAUUCAUCAUGUCCAGUAGGGCGUACCGAAAUUUAAAAAAAGUAACAAGCGACUACGUGGACAACUUCAUCAAAGAUAACACCGCUAAUGCCAAAUGGUGCCCACAUCCCUGAAGACGUUUCCACUUUCAUUCCACGUUGACUGUGAGUCAUGCCAGAAUAAUAAAAAAAAAUUAAAUGCAGG